CGUGGAUCCCGGUACUGGUACCCGGCCCGCAGGAGGCGGCUCAGGAGAUGCCUCUGCAGGAGCUGCUGCUGCUUCCGUAAUUGCCGGUGGCUGCUGCUCGGCUCCGUGGAAACCUCAUCCCUGCGGACAGGCUGCCUUGAGUCCUGCUGCCUGGAGGCCAAGGCUGUGGCAGCCGACAUGGAUUUUCUCUUCAUCUGGCCCUUUUUGCUGGCACUGCUGCUGUCCUGGGGCAGCUUCGCAGACCUGGAAAAACAGAGGAUGGACUCUGGCUUGGAAAUCUAUAAGAAGCUGUUUGAGGUGAAGCGCAAGGACCAGAUGAACGCGCUGAAGAACCUGAUCGAGCUCAACGACGUCAACCAGCAGUACAAAAUCAUUGACAUCAUGCUCAAGGGACUCUUCAAAGUGCUGGAGGACUCCCGGGCUGUGCUCAUCGCUGCUGAUGUGCCUCCUGACGGGCCUUUCCCUCAGGACGAGAAGAUAAAGGAUGCGUACUCCCACGUGGUGGAGAACACCGCCUUCUUCGGGGAUGUCGUCCUGCGCUUCCCCAAGAUCGUGCACCACUACUUUGACCGCAACUCCAACUGGAACAGCCUCAUCCGCUGGGGCAUCGGCUUCUGCAACCUGACGGGCGUGUUUGAGCAGGGACCCCACUCCCAGGUCCUGGGGCUGAUGGCUCAGGAGCUGGGAAUCAGCGAGAAAUCACCUGAUUACCGCAAUCCCUUUAAAACGGACCACCCCGAGUUUUUCCCCAGUGCUGACACCUUCCAGAAGGCGCUGCGGGAGGAGGAGAAGCGGAGGAAGAAGGAGGAGAAGCGGAAGGAGAUACGCAAGGGACCGCGCAUCUCCCGCUCGCAGUCAGAGCUGUAGUGUGCGGGAGCUUGCGCCUCGCGGCAGGGGUGACACCGCCGGGAUGCGGAGCGGCUGGCUCCCUC